AUGUCUGCUCCUGUUGCGAAGGCCUCCACUUGCUGCGGCAAGAGCGCUGAGUGCGUCUGUGCCAAGCAAGCCACUUGCUCUUGCGGCAAGCAGUCUGCUCUGCACUGCACCUGCGACAAGGCCAACUCCGAGAACGCUGUCGAGGGUCCUCGCUGCUCAUGCCGUGCUCGCCCUGCCGGACAGUGCACCUGUGAUCGUGCCUCGACCGAGAACCAGAAGCCCGCGGGUAACGCCUGCGCUUGCGGCACUCGUCCUGCCGACGCAUGCACUUGCGAAAAGGCUGCCGAUGGAGGCUUCAACCCGACGGACCUCGAGACCGACUUCACCACCAAGAACUAG